AUGGGGUCCCCGAGGAGAGGUGGGAACCUUGAGGGGACGCUGUCCCGGCCCCGCCCCGCGCCUCGCUCUGCCGCCCGGCCCCGCCCCUUUCCCGUCGCGACCUCGCCCCCGCCCCGCCCCUGGGCGGUGCCCUCCCCGCCCUCUCGCUCCGCCCCUUCCGCCGCGGCCCCGCCCCCUCCCCCCGCAGCAGCCAUGGCGGCUCCCCGGGACGCGGCCUCGGCCAGCAGCGCGGGCGCGUGGUCGCUGCGGCACCUGCACCUGUCGUUGCGCGUGGCCUUCGCGGCGGCGGGCGCGGGGCGGCUGCGCGGGACGGCGCGGCUCGAGCUGCGCUGCGAGCGCGAGGGCGCGGGGCCGCUGGUGCUGGACGCGCACCCCGGGCUGGCCGUGCACCGCGCCGCGCUGCUGCCGCCCCCGGGCACCCCCGGGGACCCGGCCGGGCAGGCGGUGCCCGUGGAGAGCCGGCCCUUCGCCAGCUACGGCAGCGCCCUGCACGUCGCCCUGCCCCAGCCGCCGCGCGCCGGGCAGCUCCUCACCCUCGAGAUCGACUACGAGGCGGGCGAGGGGCCCGGGGUGUGCUGGCUCGCCCCCGAGCAGACGGCGGGGAAGCAGAAGCCCUACAUGUACACGCAAGGCCAGGCCGUCCUCAACAGGUCCUUCUUCCCCGGCUUCGACACCCCGUCGGUCAAAUGCACGUACUCGGCCACGGUGAAGGUCCCCGAGGGUUUCACGGCUGUGAUGAGUGCCACGAGCUGGGAGAAGCAGAAGGAUAACACCUUCGUCUUCAAGAUGUCCCAGCCGAUCCCCUCCUACCUGAUCGCUCUGGCCGUCGGGGACAUUGUGUCUGCUGACGUUGGCCCGAGGAGCCGUGUCUGGGCUGAGCCCUGCCUGAUCGAGGCUGCGAAGAAGGAGUACGAUGGGGUGAUUGAGGAGUUCCUGGCAGUUGGAGAGAAGCUCUUUGGACCUUAUGUUUGGGGCAGGUACGACGUCCUGUUCAUGCCGCCCUCCUUCCCCUUCGGCGGGAUGGAGAACCCCUGCCUCACCUUUGUGACGCCCUGCUUGCUGGCUGGGGACCGCUCCUUGGUGGACGUCAUCAUCCACGAGAUCUCCCACAGCUGGUUUGGCAACCUGGUCACCAAUGCCACGUGGGGCGAGUUCUGGCUGAACGAGGGCUUCACCAUGUACGCCCAGAGGCGCAUUUCCACCGAAGUCUACGGUUCGGCGUACACCUGCCUGGAGGCUGCGACGGGAAGGGCCCUCCUGCGCCAGCACAUGGACAACACCGGGGAGGACCAUCCACUCAACAAGCUGCGGGUCGUCAUCGAGCCAGGUGUCAAUCCGGACGACACGUACAAUGAAACGCCCUACGAGAAGGGGUACUGCUUCGUGAGCUACUUGGCCCAUCUCGUGGGGGACCAGAGCAAGUUCGAUGCCUUCCUCCAGGCCUACGUGAACCGGUUCAAGUUCCAGAGCAUCACAGCGGACAACGCCCUCAGUUUCUACCUGGAGUAUUUCCCGGAGCUGAAGGAGAAAGGCGUGGACUCCAUCCCAGGCUUUGAGUUUGACCGCUGGCUGAACACGCCGGGCUGGCCCCCCUACCUGCCCGACCUCUCGCCAGGGGAGCAGCUGAUGAAGCCGGCAGAUGAACUGGCAGAGCUCUGGGCAGCCGACAGCUUGAACAUGGAGGCGAUCGAAGCCGUGGACGUCACGGCCUGGAGGACGUACCAGCUGGUCUACUUCCUGGAUCGGGUCCUGCAGAAAUCCCCCCUGCCAGAAGGCAACGUGGAGAGGCUGAGCAAGAUGUACCCGAAGAUCUCCAAGGCCCAGAAUGCAGAGCUGCGACUCCGCUGGUGCCAGAUUGUCCUCAAGAACAACCUUGAGGCAGAGUAUAGCAAGGUCAAGGACUUCCUCCACAGCCAGGGGAAGCAGAAGUACACCCUGCCCCUCUACCGUGCCAUGUGGGGCGGGUCAGAGGCAGCCCGGGCCCUGGCCAUGGAGACCUUCUCAGCUACGGCCCCCCAGCUCCACGUCAACGUCCAGAACUAUGUCAAGAAGAUCCUGGGCUUGGAGGUGGCAAAGGACUAGAGCGGCCUGGGCUCCGCUCCCUCUGUGGGUUUUCUCUCUGACAGGACCUCAGUGCAUCACUGCACACAUUUCCUUAUUAAAAUUUGUAAUUUUUU